AUGCCCAAAUCUUUCCUAGUUAAGAAGAGAACAAAGUCAAAAGUCUAUUACUCGGAUAGCGAAGAUGAAAAUGUUUAUACUGGCGAACAAAAACAAGGUAAAUCAAUCUCUAUAUACGACCUGGCUGUUAAUAUAAAAUGCAUGCACUUGUCGGCUGUCGCCACAUGUGGGUAACAAGUGCAUCGAUUUUUUUCCAUUUUUAUUCGCGAAGGCUGUUCGAACUUAAAGCAAGUCAGCUUAUAUACAGUAAGGGUAGCUAGUUAUGUUUAUGUAGCGAAUUGCAAAUGAACGCUUUUGAUAAGGUUAACGUCGAGAUAGAAGUGCGUUGUUAAGUUUACAUUCGCACAGGUGUUGCCAGAGUGACAAAAGGCCAACAGACUGCGAGUUAUUUGCUUUAAUUACACAUUUACACUACUUAUGAUUCUUCUAGAACAGAACGUUUUGAAACGGAAAGAAACACGUUUAUUGUGGAAGCCGUAUGCGAACGAAAGCAAAGCUAGUAAAAGUAAAAGACCAAUUGAUGUCUGGUCGAGUUAUACACCUGCUACCGAAGGACACGAGACAGACGAUAAAUCACAGCCUUUGGCAUUACCGGCAGACGCAGUGAAGCAUGUCAAUGAAAGGCAAAUAAGUUGGCGAAAUAUGAAAUUAGCGCCGUACAAGAUACAAUCUCCGUCGGAGCUACAGGACUUGGAAGCAAAGCACCAAUGCAGUCGUUGUCAAAGAACAUAUACUAGCAAUGCAGCCUUAGUGAAACACCAGCGGUAUUAUUGCAAUUUCUACCAGACAAAAUCAUUUACUUGUAAAUAUUGUGAUAAGGUUUAUCUAUCACUAGGCGCCUUGAAGAUGCAUAUUCGCACACAUACACUGCCAUGUACUUGUAUGAUUUGUGGUAAGGCGUUCAGCAGACCAUGGUUACUCCAAGGCCAUGUUAGAACACACACUGGGGAAAAGCCUUAUGAAUGUUCAUACUGUAAUCGUGCAUUUGCUGAUCGUUCCAACCUACGAGCGCAUCUACAGACGCAUUCGCAAGUUAAAAAGUACAGAUGCGAACAGUGCGCAAAGACAUUUUCUCGUAUGUCGUUACUGUUAAAACACCAGAACAAUGGUACAUGUGUUGUGUAG